AUGCAGCUCGUUCCUAAGGAGCUUGACAAGCUCACCAUCGCCCACCUUGGGUUCCUGGCACAGCGUCGCCUGGCCCGGGGUGUGCGUCUCAAUCACGCCGAGUCCGUGCUCAUUCGCGAUGGCCACUACUCCGUCGCCGAUCUCAUGUCCAUCGGUAAGACCAUGCUAGGUCGUCGCCAUGUCCUUCCCUCCGUCCUCGCGACUCUCGUCGAAUUGCAGGUCGAGGGUACUUUCCCUUCCGGUACAUACCUCGUCACCGUCCACCACCCCAUUAGUAGUGAUGAUGGAGAUCUGGAGCGCGCGCUGUAUGGCAGUUUCGUGCCUGUGCCUCACCGCGACGCUUUCCCGGAACCCGACCCCGACGAUUUCUUGCCUGAGAAAAUGCCCGGAGCGGUCAUUCCGUCAAAGCAUGCCCGGGUCGAAUUGAAUGACGGAAGAAAGCGCAUUCGCCUCAAGGUCAUGAGCAAGGGCGACCGGCCCAUUCAGGUGGGAUCACACUACCAUUUCAUCGAGACCAACCCACAAUUGCACUUCGAUCGUAUUCAAUCCUACGGGUUCCGCCUGGAUAUUCCCGCCGGCACUUCUAUUCGUUUCGAACCUGGCGACACAAAGACCGUGAAUCUGGUGGAGAUUGGCGGUAACAAGGUCAUUCGUGGAGGUAACUGGCUGGCAAAUGGGCCAUUGGAUCUGAGUCGGGCUGAUGAAAUCGUUACAAAAUUACAAACUGCCGGAUUUGCGCAUGUUCCGGAGCCGACGGUAGAUGCUGCUCUGAUCACCGGGUUCUCCAUGGAGCGUGGGGCCUACUCUCGCAUGUUUGGGCCGACGACCGGUGACCUGGUGCGCUUGGGCUUGACUAACUUGUGGGUCGAGGUGGAGAAGGAUAUGACGAACUACGGCGACGAAUGUACCUUCGGCGGAGGCAAGACCAUUCGUGAUGGCAUGGGCCAGGCCUCUGGGAGAUCCUCGGCUGAGUGCGCUGACACCGUUAUUACGAAUGCGUUGAUUAUCGACUAUACUGGUAUCUACAAGGCCGACAUUGGUAUCAAGGAUGGAUUUAUUUGUGGCAUUGGCAAAGCCGGUAACCCCGAUGUGAUGGAUGGUGUUCAUCCCGAUCUGGUGGUGGGUGCUACGACGGAUGUGAUCGCUGGUGAGAACAAGAUCGUUACCGCGGGUGGAUUCGAUACGCACAUUCACUUGAUUUGCCCGCAACAGGUGGACGAGGCCCUGGCAUCGGGUAUCACUACCUUCCUUGGUGGUGGCACUGGCCCGAGUACUGGAUCGAACGCCACUACUUGCACCCCUGGACCGAACCACUUGCGUCAAAUGAUGCAGGCCUGCGACAGCUUGCCAAUUAACCUCGGAAUCACUGGCAAGGGCAACGAUUGUGGUAGAAUUAGCAUUGAGGAACAGAUCAAGGCUGGCGCUGCUGGUCUGAAGCUGCACGAGGAUUGGGGUUCCACGCCCGCCGCUAUUGAUAACUGCCUGACAGUCUGCGAAGAAUACGAUGUGCAAGCCAUGAUUCACACAGAUACCCUGAACGAGUCUGGAUUCGUCGAGCAAACAAUCGAGGCUUUCAAGGGCCGUACUAUCCACACAUACCACACCGAAGGUGCCGGCGGUGGCCACGCGCCAGAUAUCAUCUCGGUGGUGGAGCACCCCAAUGUCCUGCCCAGCAGUACAAACCCGACCCGACCCUUCACUCUCAACACUCUCGAUGAGCAUCUUGACAUGCUAAUGGUCUGCCACCAUUUGUCCAAGAACAUCCCCGAAGACGUCGCCUUUGCCGAGAGCCGUAUCCGCGCCGAGACCAUCGCCGCUGAGGACGUGCUGCACGAUCUGGGUGCCAUCAGUAUGAUGUCUUCGGACUCACAAGCUAUGGGCCGUUGCGGAGAGGUCAUUCUCCGCACCUGGCACACUGCCCACAAGAAUAAGACCCAGCGUGGCCCUCUGCCCGAAGAUGAGGGCAAGAACAAUGAUAACUUCCGCGUCAAGCGUUAUAUCAGCAAGUAUACCAUCAACCCGUCCCUGGCCCAGGGCAUGGCCCACAUGAUUGGAAGUGUGGAAGUGGGCAAGAUUGCAGACCUGGUCCUUUGGAACCCUGCCACUUUCGGCACGAAGCCAGUGCAAGUUUUGAAGAGUGGCAUGAUUGCCGUUGCAGAGAUGGGCGAUCCUAACGGAUCAAUCCCGACCAUCGAGCCGAUGAUCGUUCGUCCGAUGUUCGGCGCUCGCGUCCCAAGUACAUCCAUCAUGUUCGUUUCCCAAGCGUCCAUUGACGAGGGCAUCGUGCAGACGUACGGUCUUCGCAAACGCAUCGAAGCAGUGAAGAACUGCCGUACUGUCGGAAAGAAGGAUAUGAAAUUCAACGACACAAUGCCCAAGAUGAAAGUUGAUCCGGAGAGUUAUACUGUCGAAGCAGACGGCAUGCUGUGCGACGCCGAGCCUGCAUCUGAAUUACCCUUGACGCAGGCGUACUAUAUUUUCUAA